AUUAACCUAUUGUAAUAACAAGGAUUAAGGUAAAGAAAACGCAACAUUAAUCGUUGAUUACAAAUUUGAAAAGGGUAUUUAAAAAUUGGGAAGGGGUAUUUUAGUAUAACAAGACUGUUCUUAUUGGUGGGGCUCAUGUUCCCCCUUACUCUAUCGAUUAUCGUUUCUUUGAACCGUUGUCAGCAUCACUUCACACUUCUCUACACUCUUACCUUUCUUCCCAAACCCCAAUUCCUUUCCCUCUAUGUUUUCUCUGCUCAACAACAGAGUUUAAAAGCCGAAAACUUCCAUUACAACUAAAAUUUUCCUUUCCACACUCAUAUAAAAAAAGAAAAAAAAAACCCAUAAAUUCAUAAUGCUAAGCUACUCGAGUAGCAGAAGCAGUAGUAAAUUACCCUCUUCAUCUCAACUACUCCCCACAUUACUCUACUUGUACUUACUUACUCUAACAGUUGCACUUGCUACUUCCACCUCACUCCCCCCUACCCCAGGGGGUGAAAGUGAAGCAAAUUAUCAUCAUUAUGGUGGUGAAAUGGGAAUUUUCCUCAGUAAUAAGGGUAGAAGUCUUGCAGAAGGUCCAAGUUAUAGUAGUGGAGAAAAUGGAGAAGGGAAUAAUAUAAAUGGAGGUUAUGGAGGUUAUGGAGGAGAGAGUUCAUUGUUGAUAUUGGCUCCAAGAAGAACACAUAGAAAAGAUCCUAUUGAUGGGUUUAAGUAUUAUAAUGGUGGUUGGAAUAUUAGUGAACGUCAUUACUGGGCUUCUGCAGGUUUCUCUGCUGCUCCGCUGUUCAUCAUCUCCUUAACCUGGUUCCUUGUAUUUGGGCUGUGUCUAUUAAUCAUUUCUCUCUGUCACUUCUGUUGUCGAAGGGAGCAACGCUUUGGCUAUUCACGUGUAGCUUACAUUUUAUCACUCGUACUUCUUAUACUCUUCACGCUUGCUGCAGUUAUAGGAUGUCUUGUUUUAUAUACUGGACAAGCAAAGUUUCAUCGUAGUACCAUAUCAACAUUGGAAUAUCUUAAAAGUCAAGCUGAUACAACUGUUUGGAAGCUCAACAAUGUGUCUGAUUAUCUUUCCUCAGCAAAGCAGAUAGGGGUACAAAACAUUUUCUUGCCUUCUAAUGUGCAGACCGACAUUGAUGAAAUCGACAUGAAAAUCACUGCUUCUUCUAGCUUACUUGAUCAUCAAUCAACUGACGCUGCUGAUGACAUACGAGAUGUAUUAGAUUCCUUGAGGCUUGCCCUGAUCAUAGUUGCAGCCAUCAUGCUUUUCUUAGCAUUUCUGGGAUUCGUCUUUUCGAUGUUUGGCAUGCAAGUUCUCGUCUACACGCUUGUGGUUUUUGGAUGGAUUCUGGUUACUGGGACAUUCAUCUUGUGUGGUGUAUUCCUCCUAUUCCACAAUGUUGCAGGAGAUACUUGUAUGGCUAUGCGCCAAUGGACUGAGAACCCCACGGCUCAUACAGCAUUAGACGAGAUACUUCCCUGUGUCGACCCUGCUACUUCACAGGAAACAUUAAAACGAAGCAAGGAGGUUACUUCUCAGCUUGUGGACUUGGUUAACUCAGUCAUAUCCAAUGUUUCGAACAUCAAUUUUGGCCCGCAAUUUAGACCUUUCUAUUACAACCAAUCUGGUCCUCUAUUGCCCUUCGUCUGCAAUCCGUUUUCACAAGUUGAUUUAUUGGACCGUCCAUGUGCUCGUGGUGAAGUCAACUUGAACAAUGCUACUCAGGUAUUGGGGAACUAUGUGUGCCAGGUUGAUCCAAAUGGGAUAUGCUUUACUACAGGGCGCUUGACACCAGCUAUGUAUGGCCAAAUUGCUACCGCUGUGAAUGUGAGCUAUGGCUUGUACAACUAUGGUCCUGACCUUGUUGCAUUAGAAGACUGCUCGUUUGUCAGGGAGACGUUCACGAGCAUAUACAGCGAUCAUUGCCCUGGACUUCGACGAUACAGUAGAUGGGUGUAUGCAGGGCUGGUUAUGGUGUCUUUUGCAGUUAUGUUUUCUCUCAUUUUCUGGGUAAUUUAUGGUAGGGAACGUAAGCACAGAUUGUAUACCAAACGGCGCUUAAGCCAAGGUGGUCAUAAGAAACCUUCAAGGAUGGAUUAUAACUAAUUCUUGCUGUAACUCUGAUACUAUUGCUUAUUAAUCAUUAUUAGCAUUCUCA